UCCAACCCACCACCUGUCCGAAACGAAAACGAAAGCAAUAGAGAGAGAGAGAGAGUGUGUCACUCCCCAUCUCUGUUUCCAUUUCCAUUUCCAUUUCCAUCAGGUAAUCCUCAGAAACCUCUGAAAAUAAAUUCCCCCAAUCGGAUGAAACCUCUCCGCUCCGGCUGAAGAUUUCAUCUCCUCCGCCAUGGACAAUUACGCGUACAAUUCCUAUGCUGAGUCCGGCGACUCCUCCCCUCGCUCCCGCGAGAUUGAUUUCGAAAACCCUCCUCCAUGGGACGACGCCCAGCUCCAGAACCAGAACUACAAGGUCAAGUUCAUGUGUAGCUAUGGCGGAAAGAUCCAUCCACGUCCUCAUGAUAAUCUCCUCUCCUACGUCGGUGGCGAGACUAAGAUCUUUGCCGUCGACCGUUCUGUUAAGUUUGCUUCCAUGCUUGCUAAGCUUUCUUCGCUCUGUGAUACUGACGUUACCUUCAAGUACCAGCUCCCUGGCGAGGAUCUUGAUGCGCUGAUUUCGGUUACCAAUGAUGAUGAUCUCGAGCAUAUGAUGCACGAGUACGAUCGCCUCUAUCGCGCUCCUGGAAAGCCCGCUCGGAUGCGGCUUUUCCUCUUUCCGGCUAAUCAGAGCCCUAGCUUUGGGUCUGAGGGAGGUAGAUCGGAUCGGGAUCGAUUUGUGGAGGUUUUGAGUUCUGGUUCUACCCAUGGAGGUGAUGUGCCUAAGCAAUCUGUUCCGAAUAAGGUGGAUUUUCUGUUUGGUUUGGACAAGGGCGGAAUCGCGUCUCCUCCUCCACCUGUGGCGCUCAAAUUGCACGAUCCGCUGCCUGAGCCGGUCGCUCCGCCGAUGGAAUCUGCUGCUCGACCUGUUCCGGGAGAUCGGAUCGCUGUAUCGGAUCCUGGGGUUCAUCCGGCCGAGAUUCAGCGUCAAUUGCAGGAAUUACAGAGGUUGCAUAUUAGCGAACAGGAGCAAGCCGCGGCGUAUCGGAGGAAACCUGAAGAGCAUAAUCUUAUGGGAGGUUACGGCGGCGAUUUCUACGCGCAGAAGAUGGUGGAGAAGACUCCACCGCCGAGCGCGCAACCGACCUUGCAGCCACCGGCUGGAUACUGGUCGGAGAAGCAGGUUUCCAGCGGAGGUUUCCCGGCGACGAUGACGGCCACACCCGGUGGACAAGACCAACCGCCUGUCUACAUGAUCCACGCUCCCGGUGCGGUCUAUCACUCGCCCCAACAUCCGAUGGUGAGACAAGUUACCGCUCCCCCGCCCAAUCAAGGCUACUACGCUGUACAGCGUAUGGCCUCAGAUGUGUACCGUGAGCAACCGGUCUACAAUGUUGUACAACCUCCACAACCAUCUUAUCCGCCCACUUCAUCGCCGUCUCUGCCGCAACAACCUCCGAAGGUCGCCGCCUAUCCCGGAGGCGGUAUAACUCUUGCAGCAGAUUCAGGGCCUUACACACAGGUGGCCUACGACAGCACCACCGGGAGACAAGUAUACUACACAGCCGGUGGAGCCGCCAUGGUAGCAUCGCCUCCAACGCCGCCAUACCAGGGGGUGUCGGCGCCGAUGAGCGGCGAUAUUAGAACAGGACCAGUGGGACAGGAUGGGAAGCUGAUUGCAAAAAUUUCACAAGGCUCAGUUUGAAUAAGGACAACAGCAUGUGGUAUAAAAAUUUUGAGCUUUUCUUUUUCAUUUUUCUUUAUAUUAUAUGAAUCCCGACUCUUUAAUUUACAUGCUUAUGCUAUUAUAUGCUCGUUUGCUUCUCGAUCUGUGAUAAAAAAAAAAAAAUUGAAAAAAAAAGCAUAAUUAUGUUUGUUUAUGUUAUCAUGUGCUAUGAUCAUCCAUCUAUCUGGGUGUGUAUACAACAUUUUAGAGGUUAUAAAACCAUUUUCUCUUUCACUUUUCA